UGAGGCAGUCAGUCGGCAGCCGAAUUACAUGUAAUUGUCACUGUUAUUUUGGCAACAAGUGCAUUAAAAAUGCAACUUUCACAUUUAUGUAUUUUGCUGUUUACAUUAUUGGCCAACUUAUUGUACUGCAUUUGUCAAGAGGAGGGACUAAAUGAUCUGGAAAAUUCCAACAGCUGUCAACCUGACGCGCUGCUACAGUUCGACUUCUGCAAAUGCACGUGUUCAGAAGUAACGGCUGCCCUCCGCUCGUCACCCGCACUACAAGUAGAGGCCUCACGCAGACUUAAACUCCGACAACAGAAGAAACAGAAAGGCAAGAACGAGAAGAACAAAUACACUGUACAGCCUUAUACUCCAGGCCUGCUGAAAUGCUGGGAAGAUUCUUGCGUUGACAGUCAGGAAACUACUGUAGCAACAACCACUGUUGAAACAACCACUGUUGAAACAACCACUGUUGCAGCAACCACUGGGUCAGUGACCGGUCAAACGUCAAAUUCUAUAUAAAAUAGCUGAUUACACUGCGGUUAACCCUCCCUUUGUUGGUUCAAGUGGCCCUUAACAGUUUAGUUCAAUACAUUUUUAAUAUAUUUUUUUAAUUUAAUUGACGGCUAACUAAAAUACAUAAAAAUAAGCAGCUAAGCAUUCGCAGUGAACAUGGUGCAUACAGAUCCAAUGCCUUAAAAAACCGGUCAAGUGCGAGUCGGGCUCGCUCACCGAGGGUUCCGUACAAACUUUCAAUAGUUGAAUCAUCAAAUGUUAUUCAUAUUAUAAUUCUACAGACUACUACACCCGCAAGGGUGG